GAGCGUCAGAACCAGUGGCGUCACUAGGCUGUUUUAUUCGGGGCUAAAGCCCCGGAUCUAAUUUGAUUAGCCCCGAAUCUAAUUUUUUGGUAAAAAUAAAAUAAAAAAAAUCUACUUUCCGACGGUCCUUGAACGCCCCUCAUUUACCGCACGAGAACAGAGCAACAAGUGCGUCAGUACACUUCAGCAGCCAGUCUCUCACUGUUUACAACAGAGAAUUAUAACGACAUCUGCUGUAGAGUCCCAACCCCCUGGGACCUGCAAACAACAAUGUCACAAAGAAGGAUUUCAAUGUUUUUUGCUCCAAAAGUGGUUGGCAGCCAAGGAGGUAUGAUAGCAGAUAAGGAUGCAGUCAGGGUUCAUGCAGGAGACCAAAGGGAGGAGAGUGCAAGUUCAGGUACCUGUAGGCUAUGUUAAGAGUGUCUCUGUAACAAAGUCGACCUGGUGAAUUCCCUCUCAGUAUAAAAAGAGGUAAAGACCUCCCACUUGCGCCAAAAAAUAGGUUGUUUUGUCCUUGGCAUAACUAAUAGCACACACGUUUAUUUGGUGGUCAAUUGUGGUCGCAAAUCAGAGGACCUGGUUUCGAGACCAAUGAAGGCAAACUAGCAGGAGGAAGCAAUACUGACGAGCAACACAAUGACACCUAUUUUAGUAACCUAAUUAUAAUGUUUGAAAUUAAAAUUUCUAAAUGCAAUAAUUUGAUAGAAUAUUGAUCUUAAGUUUACAGUAGGCUACAGCUUAACUUUUUUUUAUUUAUUCUUUUAUACAUUUUCAGAGAUAAGGGCAGAGUCAGCAUACAUAGAUGCAGCUGCCAGUGAUGCUGCUGACCAGAGUGAGGACAGUGCAAGUGCAAGUGCAGGUACCUGUAGGCUAUGUGAGGAGUAUCUAUACCAAUAUCUCUAGUCCAGAAUUGUAUAAUAUUCAGCAGUGUAUCCCAGUAUACAUCCUUGCCAGUGCCCAUUAAUUGCAAGUUGUGGAUAGCAGAGUUUUAUUUAAUAAUGUUUAAAAAAGGGGGGAGAAGGAGGCCAUAGCUUUAUUUCGCUUUUUUCCCCUUUUUGGAAAUACAGGUGGCUCUGGGUCAGGGAGCACAGGGAACCUGUUAGGAAAGAAUGAUUUAGGGACACGAGAAACAGGCCCAAAGCAACCCAGACGGGACCAGUACCCCUCCACUAGUUUUGGAAAGCAGCAACGGUCUUUCCAGUACAAAUGGUUUGAAUCUUUUGACUGGCUGGAGUAUUCUUUGAGCAGAAACUCUUCACACUGUUUCUCAUGCAAGCUCUUUGGGAAACACAACCCUAGAGCCAGCAAAGAUGCCCUCCUCAGCACUGAGGGCUUUAAUAACUGGAAAAGGGCCUUGGAUAGCUACCGAGAGCAUGAGGCAAGUGCUGUCCACAAGUCAUCUAUCCUGGCCUGGAAGAAUUACAGAGCUACGCUAACAGAAGGCGAUGUUGUCGACCAAAUGAAUGUUGGAAAUUCCAGUCAGAUUAGUGAAAGGAGAGAAUACCUGCGGCGCAUUGUGGCCGUCACUAGCCUUUUAGGGAAACAAGGCAUUGCUUUCCGUGGUCAUGAUGAAACCAGCUCCUCCCUGAAUCAGGGAAACUUUUUAGAAGUAAUGAAGCUCCUUGAAACCUUUGACCCCUUCCUCCAGAACUACCAGGCCCCUUCUCAUUCAACAUAUCUAUCUCCUGCCUCGCAGAACAGCAUGAUCGAAUGUUGUGCUGAUGAAGUGACUGCAACCAUCGUAGAAGAGAUCAAGGCAUCGAAAAUGUAUGCAGUGAUGGCUGAUGAGGCAAGAGAUGGCCACGUUGAACAGCUUGCUGUUUGUGUGCGCUAUGUUACAGCUGACGGCGGAGUCAAAGAGCGUCUCCUUGAACUUGUCACCCUUAAGGGAUUGAAUGCACAGUGCAUCACUGACGCAAUUGAAAAUGUAUUGGAGUCGAAUGGCCUUAAUGAUCUCCUGUGUGUCGCUCAGGCUUAUGAUGGAGCUUCCGUUAUGAGUGGUUCAGUAAGUGGAGUUCAAGCUCGCUUUCGUGAGAAACACCCAGAAGCAGUGUACGUACACUGCUAUGCUCAUGAGCUGAACCUGGUUCUCUGCCAUACGUGCAGAGCUGUUCGAGAAGCCAGUGACCUGUUUGAGACAUUGGAGAGUGUCUACUGUUUCUUCAGUGUAUCAAUCGUAAACCAUCAGAGAUUCUCUGAUGUCCAGAUGCUCCUGGGCUUGAAGAAGAGUGAGCUUGUCCAGCUGUCAAAAACCCGAUGGGCAUGUCAGGUGAAGUCUGUGAGAGCAAUGCUCAACAAUCUGCCAGCUGUUUUAAAGUGCCUGGAAGAGAGUGCAACACCUCUGGCAGUCGGAUUACUGUCAAAGCUGUCCAGGUUUUCAAAUGUCUACCUGCUGGUCAUGUUCCGGAGUAUGCUGUCAACUACAGAGGGGCUGCACCUGUACCUUCAGAAGGAUUCUGUGGACUUGGCCCAAGCAACACUCUUUAAAGAUGCAGUCCUUGACACACUGAAAUCCAUCCGAACCAAUGAAAUGGCAGACAAGCUUUACAAUGAAGCAAAACACAUCUAUGAUGCCAACAACAUAUGUGAGAGUCACAGUGGUCGCAGGCACAAGCAGAGGGUGAUGGAGGACUUUACAAUAGAGUCCACCUUGGGUACAAGGGCUCAUCUGGGCACAGAAGACCAGCUGAAACAAACUCUGUUGUACCCAUGUCUUGACCGUAUGGUAACUGAGCUAAACGGCAGAUUUUCUGAUGUGGGGCAGAGCUAAUGCGAGGCAUUCAAGCUUGCAACCCAGCGGCCGUUGAUUUCUUCUGUGAGGAUUCCCUAGAGCUGAUUGCAACACAUUAUAAAAUGUCAUUGAAAAAAGAGGAGAUCCUGGUCGCAAAGCAGUUCCUUUCUAGAAGAAAGAGAGAAGGUGCCGUUUCUGACAUGGGCAGUGUUUACAAGCUACUUCACCCAGACAUGUUCCCAACCUUGAGCUCAGUUGUCCAAGCAGCCUUGACAAUACCUGUCAGCAGUUGCACGUGUGAGCGGUCGUUCAGUGUACUGCGCCGUGUCCACACCUGGCUGAGGAGAACCAUGGGCCAGGAGAGGCUACAUCAUUUGGCUAUUAUGGCAGUGGAGAAGGAUGCGCUUUGUGGCUUAGACCAUGGUGAAGUCAUUGACCGGUUCGCCCAAGUCAAACCGAGGAGAUACCCACUUGUGCUCAAAGGACAAAGGUCCAAAGAAAGGAGCAAGAAACAGUGAAACGAGUGAAAAUAAAAAGUUCACUACAAACAAGAAAUGAACAAAGAAAGACAAUGCAUGUAGAGUAACAGUUAAUAAUACACAGACAAAUGUACAAGUAUACACAAUAUGGAAAGUGUAAAGUAAAGACAGAUAUACUGUAGAAGAAAAGAAAUGAACAAAGACAAACGCAUGACUACAGAAAGAUAAGAUGUUUAAAAGGCUCUUGCCUUUUAAACAUCUUAUCUUUCUGCAUUGUAUACUUUUUCAGACAUUGUUUACUAUUGUGAAACUAAUAAAAACAUGUGAAGAAUACAUAUGACUAUGUGACUCAUUUAUUAUCUAAAUGUUUAAUGUUGGUGCUUAUGAAUGAGCCACUUUUUUGUUAAGACAAAGGGAAGUUUGUGAAAAUCUAUAUUUUUACCAUUGGUAUUAAUAAACUGCAUACAUUGUUUAUUUUGUUAUUUGUUAUUAUUUUCAAAAAUUGCAUGCGCAGUUACGUUUUGGCCCUGGGCUAAGCCCCGGAUCUUUCAGAAACCUAGAAACGCCC